CAUUAAAAGUAGAACUGGAGCCUGUUUCCUUAGCUUCUGUCAGCUCCACCACGACCACCACUUUAACCAUCAUGCUUUCGCUUCUCAAACACUCCAAAGCCAUCGCAAACACCGCACUCAAACACCUAACCACCAAAACUUUCACUUCGCCGCCAACAAAACCCCUAAUUCUCUCACAAACAUCGACAAAAACCCUAGGUUUAGGGUUUAUUCGGCGAUUAAGCGACAAGACUACAGCAGACUACGACUACAUCAAGGCUGACGUUAACUGUCCUCGAUGCACCUCUCAUAUGCCGGUCCUAUUCUCGAACCGGCCUUUAUCAAUUACCGGACGAGAAACCGGUAUCUAUCAAGCGGUCAAUUUCUGUCCUGCUUGCAAAACAGCGUUUUAUUUUAGGCCGUUUAAGUUGGAGCCUCUACAGGGGAACUUCAUUGAGCUUGGUAGGGUUAAGGGUUUGUAUAAUAAUAAUAAUAAUAAUAACUGUAAGGAUGUAGAGGGGAUUAUUGAGAAAGAAUGUGGUAAAAGUGGGAGAAACGCGGAGGAAGUUAGUGGUGGAGGUGGCGGUGGGGGGUUGGAGAGAGAGUUGCCUACGCCUAAAGAGAUUUGUAAAGGGCUCGAUGAGUUUGUUAUUGGUCAGGACAAAGCCAAAAAGGUGCUUUCUGUGGCAGUUUACAACCACUACAAGAGGAUAUAUCAUGCCUCCAAGCAGAAAAAGUCACAUGCACCCUGGAGUCACAGUGAUGGUGAGAAUGAUGAGAACGAGUUUAUUGAGCUAGAUAAGAGCAAUGUACUGUUGAUGGGUCCCACUGGCUCAGGGAAGACAUUACUGGCAAAAACACUAGCUCGUAUUGUGAAUGUACCCUUCGUCAUUGCCGAUGCAACAACGCUAACACAGGCAAGUUAUGUUGGAGAAGAUGUGGAAUCAAUAUUAUAUAAGCUACUAGUGGUAGCUGAAUUCAAUGUAGAAGCAGCUCAACGAGGGAUUGUUUACAUUGACGAAGUUGACAAAAUAACCAUGAAGGCCGGGAGUUCCAGCAUUGGAAGAGAUGUGUCUGGAGAGGGUGUUCAACAGGCAUUGUUGAAAAUGUUGGAAGGAACCGCAGUAAAUGUUCCAGUUCCUGAUAAAGGACCUGGGAAGCAUCCUCGUGGUGAUACAAUCCAGGUAGAUACAAAAGACAUCCUUUUCAUAUGUGGUGGGGCAUUUGUAAAUUUGGAGAAAACCAUUUCAGAACGACGACAAGAUGCUUCUAUUGGCUUUGGAGCACCAGUUCGUGCAAACAUGAGGGCUGGUGCAAUAACUAAUGCAAUGGUGACAUCGUCACUGCUGGAAUCUGUAGAAAGUGGUGAUCUUGUUGCGUAUGGCCUCAUUCCUGAAUUUGUUGGACGAUUUCCUGUUUUAGCAAGCUUAUUAGCUUUAAAUGAGGACCAACUUGUUCAGGUCCUCAUGGAGCCAAAAAAUGCUCUUGGUAAACAGUAUAAGAAGAUUUUCAAUAUGAACAAUGUGAAUUUACAUUUUACGGGAAAUGCAUUGAGAUUGAUUGCAAAGAAAGCAAUGGCAAAGAACACUGGGGCCCGAGGUUUAAGAGCCAUAUUGGAAAACAUCCUGACAGAAGCAAUGUUUGAGACUCCAGAAAACAAGUCACAAUCUAAUUGCAUAACUGCUGUUUUGGUCGAUGAAGAGGCUGUUGGCUUGAUGGAUACACCGGGGUGCGGAGCAAAAAUUGUCCAUGGAGACAGUGCACUGGAGCAUAAAUUGCAGGAGAGAAAGGAAGAGGUGGUGGGGUUGCCUAUGGAGAAAUGCAGGGUGAACCAGAACCUUGCUCAAGGGCCUUGAGCAUGUCAUUAACUAAUUUACCAUGUGUACAUAACGCCAAUAUGUAAACAUUACACUCACUAGGGCAAAUGGAUUUUUUCUCAAGCUCUUGUUUCAUGUUCUUCUCUUAAAGCGAGAUGCACCCCACCCAAAAUGAAAAUUAUACAUUCUGGUAACUGGGAUGAGAGAAACCUCGGGAAAAAGAAGAUGAUUCAGCACUGUUUGUUUUUGUGUUUGGUUGAAAAAAUAUUAAAUUGAUGUUUUUUUUU